CCGUUCUCUGGCUCUCCCCCCAGGCUUGCUGGAGGGGCUGCCGGCAGCGCAAGGCUUACCUGCAGCGCCUGCAUUUCCUGCGAGCCCACGUGGGCGCCGUGAUCAAGAUCCAAGCGGCUGUGAGGAUGUGGAGGGCUCGGAAGAGGUACCAGGAGAGGCUGCGCUACUUCAGGAGGAAUAUCGGAGCUGUCAUUAAGAUCCAGGCUUUUGUGAGAGCUAACAAAGCCCGUGGGGACUACAGGAUGCUGGCCCACCAGCUGAGCCCCCCGCUGGGCGCCAUCCGGCGCUUCAUCCACGUCCUGGAGUGGAGCCAGCAGGACUUUGAGGAGGAGGCGGAGGUGCUGCGGCUGCGGGAGGAGGUGGCCAAAAGGAUCCGCGGGAGCCAGCAGCUGGAGGGCGACCUGAGCCUCAUGGACGUCCAGAUCGGGCUGCUGGUCAGGAACCGCGUCACGCUGCAGGUGGGGGGCAGGGGGGACUGGGGGGGG